AUGGCCGACGACAAACCCCCCGUCAUCAACUACGUCCUCAGCUUCAUCCUCGUCGGCUUGGCCUGGGGUCUCACCACGCCAUUCAUCCGCCGCGCCGCUCGCACUCACCAGCCCCCUCCGCAUCCUACUCUGGAACUACCAUCCGUCAAGAACCACUGGCUGAAGAGCAGGUGCUAUGGCGCCUUCUUCGCCGUCAUUGAUCUGCUCCGAAAUCCCAGAUACGCCGUGCCCUUACUGUUGAACUUGACGGGCAGUGUGUGGUUCUUUCUCCUCAUUGGACAAGCUGGUAUGCAACUUGAAAUUUGUUUGCUCUCCUUGUAUUUUAUUUAUUUCCUGGCCGACUCUCUGUGA